AUGACUGCUGUUGGACUUGGAGUUCUCGCAUUACCAGGCACGGCUACUCACUCUGGUUGGCUUGGUAGUCUUUUCGGUCUUCUCGUCGCGUCCAGUAUCAUCCUCUACAAUAACCACCUUCUGUGGAGAGCCCUGCGUCUCGCUGCUAAAGAAGAGGAGGAAGUCGCCAAAUGUUAUGAGGANNNNUCUUCGAUAGCACCAAAAGUGACCGUGCUUCCGAGAGACAUUGUGUUCCAAGACCGUCGUUCCCGUACGGGAUAG